CUCUGGGCAUCUCUCCUACCAGCCUGUGUGUGUUUGAGAGAGACAGACUUAUCCCAGGCCUUUACCAUGAAGCACUGCGUGCUGUUGUCGCUGCUGUUGGUGUUGGGGUGUGUGCACGUCCACGGUGCACCGGUGGAGCAGGGUGGCUUGGAGCAGGGGUCAUGUGAAGAUGCAUCUGCGAAGGGUGCUGCAGAACUGGCUCUCACCAAGAUCAACCAGGACCGGCAGGAGGGCUACAUCUUCAGCCUGCACCGCCUGUCCAACGUCCACACGACGAAACAUGGAGAGAACGGCGUGGUUUUCUACCUGACUCUGGAUGUUGUUGAGACCAACUGCAGCGUUCUCAGCAGGAAGGACUGGAAGACCUGCGAGGCUCGUCCCACCCAUGACACACCGGUAUAUGGACAGUGCAAAGCUGCCAUCUACAUCAGUAAGGUGAACAGAGUGGUGCGUCUCUACAAAUACAACUGCGUUGUCAGACCAGUUCCUGCAGCUAAGGUGCACGAACUGUGUCCUGACUGUUCUUCUCUUAUCGCCAUGGACAACGCUGAGGUUCAGAAGGCUGUGUCUCUCUCACUGGAGAAGUUCAACAGAGAGAGCGGGUUGGCAAAUCGUUUCGCUCUGCUCAAAGUCAGCCGCGCCACUGCCGGGAUGGCCAUGUCGAUGUAUUACUAUGUACAGUACACCAUCCAGGAGACCACCUGUCCCAUGACCACAGAAGCAGUGACGGCUGAUAAGUGCCCCCUCAUGGAGUGCGAGUUCGCUCACAAGGGCUUCUGUAAGGCAUCCCUCUUCUACUCUCCCACUCGUGAUGCUGAGACCAGUGUAAACUGUGAGAUCUAUGAGCCUGAGGCUGCUGAUAGAGAGAAGAAACUGCACCUGCUGGGCGGAGAGACUGACCACAGCCACAAAGAUACACAGGCACACAACCACGACGGCACACCCACUGCCAACCAGACACACACACACGACCACGUGCACGACCACACCAAGAGUCACGCUCAUCACGACAAAACCCACAAGCACGCUGACAACAGCGGCCACCACCACACACACGACCAUGAUGCGGGCAGCAGCCACAGACACGCUCACGACCACUCCCAUGACCACGGGCAUGGCCACGAUCACGUGCACACUCAUCACGCCAAGGCACACAACCACAGCGGCGACUCGCCCAACCAACACCACGACUACAAGCAUGCCGAUGGCGAGCACACCCACGAGCACGACCACGAGCUCGCUCUGGACCACGACCACAAGCAUGCUCACCUGCACGAGCACGAGCACCACCACCAUCACCAUCAGCACGACCACGAGGUCGCAGCCCACGACCAACCAAAGGGCAUAGUGAGGAUACUGCCCGCCAUGGACCAGCCCACGACCCUGCCUUCCUUCCCUGAUGUCCCCGCUGGUGGCCCUGAGGUGGGAGUCACCCUGCCCCUCAAGCCCGACCCCCAGAUCCCCGGACAGAUGGAACCCACCAUCCAGGCCUUCCCCACCUCAGUCUCAGCCCAGUGCAGUCCCUCGGUGGCAGUAGCCACCCUGGUGGAGAGACUCUUCACUGAGGACCCCAUGUUCAAGCCAGCUGCAUAAGGUUGUCCUUGGAACUCACUUGGGAACUGAAUGGAUCUUGAAAAAACUCACAGACUGAAGUUUAGUGAAGACAGGAAAACACUUAACAGAUUUGCUCCAGACAUAUUGAUAGACAAUUUCACACACCACGACUGCUUCCCUGGGUCAUUCUCAGGCAAAAUGGUGGUUUAUUAAAAGCACAUAACUAUUCCUGUCUCUCUUCACUUCAACCACAUAAUAAAGGCCAAGUGCAUUAAAAAAAAAAACACACAACAUUAACAUCAACCAGUUUUUUCCAUUUUCUCUGUUGGUAGGAAAUUGGUCAUAAACAAUAAAAUAAUAAAACCACUAAACUGGUCAUUUCCAUUUUACAAUCCUCAGAGACAACAAAACUGUAAAAACUGACCGUAACAUGCUUACAUUCUUCUUCAUGAGUCAAUGUACAAUCAACCCGGCAAACAUGAAAGUUUUCUAUGUUUGUAUGUUAUCUGUGCUUGGCUGCACAAAAUAAUAAAUGAUACCACAAAUACUCA